AUGCAAAUAGAAGUGAAGAACACUGUGUGCGGCAGGCCUUUGCUAGGGAAACGCAUCGUGGGAGGAGCUGAAGCAUCAGCAGGGGCAUGGCCGUGGCAAGUGGACAUUCAGUUAGGAUCCAAAGGCCAUGUUUGUGGUGGAUCCAUAAUUGAAAAAAAUUGGGUCCUCUCUGCUGCACACUGCUUUCCAAACCCCUCAGAAGUGUCUUCGUAUCGCCUGUACAUGGGACGCCAUCUGCUCAAUGGCUACAACCAGUUUGAGAUGGUCAGUCAGGUGCAGCAAGUGGUCGUUCCAGAAGGAUACUCGACUCCUCAGGAGGGCAGAGAUGUAGCUUUAGUUCAGCUGCGCUCUCCUGUCACCUGGUCAGACAGGAUCCAGCCUGUAUGUCUGCCAUAUGCUGGAUUCCAGUUCAACAGUGGCAUCUUAUGCUACGUCACGGGCUGGGGACACAUUCAGGAGGGAGUUUCCCUCACUGGAGUCGGGGCAUUACGGGAAGUGCAGGUGCCCAUUAUCAACCAGUCCUCCUGCCAGUCGAUGUAUCAGAUUUUGUCAUCCGAUUUAGUAACAGUCAACAUCCUAUCAGACAUGAUCUGUGCUGGAUACAUGGAGGGAGGCAAGGAUUCCUGUCAGGGGGACUCUGGAGGCCCUCUGGUUUGUCCUGGUGGCAACGGGACUUGGAUUCAAGCGGGAGUUGUAAGUUUUGGACUUGGAUGUGCUCAGAAGAACCGGCCAGGUAUCUAUUCCAGAGUCUCAAGCUUCGCGAGCCUCAUCCGCACCACAGUACCAGAAGCUCAAUUUUUCGGUCAUGCUCAGAAGAAUGAAAUUCAAAUCCUUCUGGUUCUAGGCCUCUCUUUUGCAUUAGUACUUUUGUGGAGGUAGUAUAUUAGUAAAGUAUAUGCGGUAUACAUGUGAAACACAAGGUCAAGAUUCCAAACAUCAUAGUUUUGUUUGUGUGGCAUUGAUUUGCCAUAUUUUAGGUAUUGCAAUUUUUUUUAAUGAUGUAAUACAGUAUGUGACGUUGAUGAUUGAGAGUUCUGGUCAUCUGAUCCUUCCUAAGCACGGAUCUAGUUAUUUUAUAUACUGUUGUUACUGUGAAUUAGAUUUCUUUUGUACAGUUUCAGUAAUGUCGCCAAGACCUCAGAACAUUCUAAAUGCCAAUAUCCUUUUCAACAGGAUAAAUAAAAUAUUUUGUAUUUCUUGUAUUGAUUAUUUGUAAUGAGAUAUCUAAUUGAUUUGACUGCAUAAGGCAUAAUAUUGCACAUUACAGCUUUGUGUGUUCUAUGGCUUUCAGUAAUCAGUACCAGUAUUGUAACUUCUUUAAUAAUUUUAGGAUGUAUAUUAAAUUAGAAUGUCACCUGUGUUUUCCCUUUUACUGGGUUUUUAUUUAUUUAAGUUUUCAAUUUAAGGAUGCACAGCGCUUUUUUUAAAUACAUCAUAUACUUUUUGGGACUGGCAUACUUAAAGAUUUAACCUUGGUUAUGGUAUUAAAAAGGCUUGCCUAUGGUAAUUAAAUUAAAUUAAAUUAAAUUAAAAGCUAGAUAAUUAUAUUUUUAAGUCACAUGGCAUUUGAAUGUUUCUCCAAAACACUUUUUCCCACUUUCACACUCACAUGGAGGACAUCUGUUGAAGUGCUCCAGAAACUGCUCUUUUGACCUAAUUUCUGAACA